AAAGACAUUUCAUUUGUCGCCGGUCGGCUCGCAGGGAGCACCUCAAAUUGGUCGCAGGGGUGGGUAUUUGAAGGAAGAUAAAAAAAAAAAAAAAAAAAUCUGCAUUUUCAGACUCCCAAGAAAACCGAAGCCUUAAAAAGAAACUGGAAGCAUGGAGAGGUCCUCUGAGCCACGGGUCCGGCGGCUCGCGCCCACGGCCGCCAGUCAGCCUGCGCGCACACAUGCACCCGAUGAACGCAUCCUGCCCGGGUAGCUGGAGCCAUCACAGACAUCCAGCGUGAAGAGACUGGCUGCUGUCUUCUCUCCUUCGCCCGUCCUCCUCUCCGCUUCCCUGCCGCUCGCACAAAGAGAGAGAGAGAGUGUGUGAGAGCCCCGGCGAGGGAAACGUGGGAAAGAGGAAGACGAUGUACCGAAGGCUGCUCCUCUCCUCCGCCCUCCUCUUCCUCCAUGUGAUGGGCACUCCCCAGUUCUCCGGGCACCACGGAAGGAGGGCGUGCAGCCACGACCUCCGUCACAAGAUCGUCACGGCGACGGAGUCUUACGUCCAGCCGGUGCACAAGCCCUACAUCACCCUGUGUCAGGGCCGCCGCCUCUGCAGCACAUACAAAACAACGUACUCGCUGGCUUACCGGCAGGUGAGCAGAAUAGCGUCGGCCUCACAUUUCUACCCAGACUGCUGCCCCGGCUGGCGGAGGUUUCACUCGCACAACUGCAACCAAGCUCUGUGCUCAGAACCCUGCAUGAACGGCGGCACCUGCUCGAAACCCAACAAGUGCGCGUGCCCCCCUGGCUGGACGGGACACCAGUGCCAGACCGAUGUGGACGAGUGCGGUGGGCGGCAGGCGUGCGCCCAGCUGUGCGUGAACACAGCUGGAAGCUACAGAUGCGCCUGCAGAGACGGCUUCGGGCUGGCCGAAGACGGACGCUCCUGUCACCAGCUGCCAUCUCCUCCUCCCAAUCCCAGCCAGAGCAGCCGGGCUGCAGUGGGUGGUCACGUCGACGCGGGAGGAAGCUUGCCCCUGGUGGAGAACGUCACAGAGGAGGUCCAGAGCCUGAGGAACAGAGUGGAGCUGCUGGAAAAGAAGCUGCAGAUGGUGUUGGCACCCUUCACCAGCUUCUUCCCCCCGCCGCUGGACGAGAGUUUCCCGGAGAAGACCACCCUACUGUCCCACUCCUUCCGGCAACUGGACCGCAUCGACUCCCUCAGCGAGCAGAUCGGCUUCCUGGAGGAGCGCCUUGGCACAUGUUCUUGUCAAGAGAAUUAGCGACCCAAGCCCAAAGCCAUCAACAGUCAUCUCAGUGCAAAAAGAGCAGAGAGCAGCUCCGGUCCUUUUUACCGUGCUGUGACGCACGCACCGCACAAAGUUUUUUUUCACCAUUCCAGAAAAAAAAAGAAAAAGAAAAAUAAUAUUGUUUUUUUCCAUGUUGAGUCACUCAUCAGGGGUCUUGAUUUUUGCCACGGUACCUGCAGCAAGGGGUCGGCCUCGCCGCUGCGUCGGUCAAAGCUUGACGUAUAGCCACUAGCAUCAGAGCAGCUGUCAGAGCUCCAACCUUGUCCUGGGGCUUUUGCACACAUCUGUAUUUAUCUAUUUAAAUUAUGGAGUUACGGUCACCUGUAGGCAUUCCUAAGUGCUCUUAGCCUUGAUCUAGUUUUGUAACGGUUUUGUAAUAAAAGUCUGAAUUAAAAAGAA